AUCAGCACGCAACUAAGUGUAAGUGAAAGAAAAAAUAAUGCAGAGCGAUUAUUGCAGGUUUUGGGGGGUGGUGGUCGUCUUCCUUGUGGUGUUGUUGAAGCUGCAGAGCUGCCAUAAAUAUGCAGUAGAAGCCGCACGUGGUUUGCCUGUCAAGUUUCUUCCGGGCUUCGAUGGACCUCUUCCUUUUCAACUCGAAACUGGGUACAUUGGAGUUGGACAAAAUGAAGAAAUACAACUUUUCUAUUAUUUCAUAAAGUCGGAUUCAAAUCCCCAAGAAGACCCUCUCAUUCUUUGGAUUACUGGAGGCAGAACAUGCUCAGCAUUGCGUUCAAUCUUUCAACAAAUUGGGCCAUUGCUUGUAGAACCAGUGGAGUAUAAUGGGAGUUUGCCCAGGCUGCAACCUUUUCCCUAUUCAUGGACAAAGGUUGCUAGCAUUAUUUUCUUGGAUUUGCCAGUUGGAACUGGAUUUUCAUAUGCUACAAAGAGUCUUGAAACUGGUGAUUUGCCGGCAGCUAGCAAUGCAUAUGAGUUUCUUCAAAAGUGGCUAAUUGAUCAUCCAGAAUUUCUCUCAAAUCCUUUUUAUGUUGGCGGUCACUCAUAUGCAGGCCAUACAGUUCCAAUAAUUACUGAAAUGAUAUCAAAUGGAAUUGAAAGCGGAGUUAAGCCAUUGAUUGAACUCCAGGGAUACAUACUUGGUAGUCCAAGAGGAGUUGACACUCAAAGUAACUAUAGAGUUCCAUUUGCUUAUGGAAUGGGACUCAUUACCGAUCAACUAUAUGAGGUGCAUAAACACUAUUUAUAUUUAAUUUUUAAUGUAGGAAUUGAAAGCGGAGUUAAGCCAUUGAUUGAACUCCAGGGAUACAUACUUGGUAGUCCAAGAGGAGUUGACACUCAAAGUAACUAUAGAGUUCCAUUUGCUUAUGGAAUGGGACUCAUUACCGAUCAACUAUAUGAGUCACUCAAAGAAAAUUGCAAAGGAGAUUAUACGAAUUUCAAUUCGACUAAUUUACAAUGUCAUCGAGAUCUUCAAACUUUUAAUCAGUUGACCGAGAGUAUAAAUCACAAUCAUAUUUUGGAGCCUAUUUGUUUGUCUGGUUCUGAUUCUACAAUGUCAUCUCUCAUUAAGUUGCCGGUACAAAAGCCUCUUUAUCAUGACUUGUACACAAAACUGAAGAUCGAUCCAUUUUUUCUUUCUGAAUUGCAAUGUCGAGAUGAAUGGAAAGCACUUUCCGAGUAUUGGGCCAAUGAUUAUAAUGUUCAAAUGGCCCUUCAUGUUCGACAGGGGACUAAGGAAAAAUGGGAACUUUGUAAUAACAGUGUACCAUACACAUCGUCAGUCAGUAACGCUCUACCAUCUCAUGUGAACCUUAGCAAAAAAGGGUAUAGAUCUCUUAUCUACAGUGGUGAUCACGAAAUGGUGAGCACAUGUCUUUCAAAUGAAGCGUGGAUAAAAUCGCUAAAUUAUUCUAUUAUUGAUGACUGGAGGCCAUGGAUGGUUGAAGGUCAAGUUGCAGGGUAUACAACGACAUACGCUAAUAAGAUGACAUUCGUUACUGUGAAGGGAGGAGGUCAUGUUGCACCCGACUAUCGUCCUUUUGAAUCUCAAGUUAUGUUCGAGCGAUGGAUAUCUUAUGAAAAUCUUUAAUUUUAUAUAAAAUUUAGUAGAAAUAAAGUGAGUUAAAGUACUAAAGUUUGUUGAUGUAUGUUUUAACUUUUUUAAGUUUCAAUAAGCAUCUUUGAUAAAUUGAUGCAACUAGUGUUUAAUAAUUCGACAAAAACAAUAAUAUUGUCAAGUUAUUGUAGUUAUUAUAUAUGAAAAUUGGUGUGAUGCCCUA